AUGGUCAAAGUUGCUAUUGCAGGUGGCUCCGGCAACGUUGCGCGGGAGGUGAUCGACCGAAUUCUUGCAAAGGGGUCUCAUGAAAUCGUCAUCCUAAGUCGGCAGAUCCCUCGGAGCACUGAUAACGGCAACACAAAAUGGGUCCAGGUCGACUACGAGAGCAAAGCUUCUCUCACGCGGGCCUUUUCUGACAUUGACACGGUCUUGUCGUUCCUGGCCAUACCAGACCCGAGUUGUAUGAUACGAUUGCAAAAGAACAUGAUAGAUGCUGCCAUCGAGGCUGGUGUCAGAAGGUUCUCACCUUCGGAGUGGGGCAGUACGGUCAAGAGUGAUAUGGGGAUUUACGGAUACAAGGAUGAAAUUCGGCGAUAUCUUGCCGAAGUAAGCGAAGAUGGCAAGCGGUUGGAAUAUUGCCUUUUUCAACCCGGAUUUUUCACCAACUACUUUGGACACCCCUAUUCCACUGCGAAGCAUUUCUCCAUGAGCGCUACCUAUGUCGAUUUUGAAAACCGAAGGGCGAUCCUAGUUGAUGACGGUGACUACAAGAUUUCUCUUACCACAGUGCAAGAUUUGGCUGGUGUAGUAACCGAGGCCCUUGACUAUUCCGGUCGAUGGCCGACUGUCGGCGGAUUUUCCGGAUCCGAGAUCACACUGGCCGAAUUGAUUCGGUUAGGGGAAGAGAUUCGAGGCCCCUUUCAGGUUGAAAAGGUUUCUUCUAAAGAUCUGAGGGCAGGAGAACUCAAAGCGUCAUGGUACCCCGUGGUUUCUCAUCCAUCGAUUCCAUCGGAUCGGUCAGAUGAGAUGUCGAAAAUGAUUACCACAUUCUUUUUGAGAGGUGUAUCUGAAGGCGGAUGGAAUUCUUCUCACGAGUGGAAUGACCGACUCCCGAACUAUCCAUUCAUUUCUGCCAAGGAGUACUUAACUACUCUUUGGAAAGGAAAGCCUUGA